CCGGAAGUCCCUGUGUGUAGCCAGGGUAACUUAACUUCGGAGCAGCUCGGGACGGCUCGUCUCGGCUCGGUUUGUUUUCAUCCCGCCCUCCAGCGGAGCGGAGAGACAUGAUAACCGGGCCCCGCGGUGCUGGGGCGCUUUGGUGUCGGGGAGGCUGGACCGAGCGGACCGGGACCGGGAGCACGGAGCGAGAUCUCCGCGUCGUCCACAGCUGAGAGGCCCGGGAGACACACCGAGCGGGGCAGUGCAGCGCAGCCGGGCUGUGGUGGACCUCUGGCGGCUGCAGCUGCUGACUCCGUCCCGCUGAACGGCGGAGGACCGAUCCGAGAUCUGCCGGAGCACACCGAGUCCGAGACAUGUACCAGGUCCAGGGGAAAGGGGAAAGGGUCGUUGCCAUGGUGCUGAAGGAGCUUCCUGGUAAAAAGGCAUCCUCAGAAGGAAACCCCCUCUUCACCGUGACAACCAAGCUGGUCCGCGAGCAGCAGGAGAGUCGACCCCUGCUGAGUCCCUCCAUCGAUGACUUCCUGUCUGAGAGCCGGAGCGACGCCCCCUCCACCCGACCCCUCACCUCUAACACAGCAGUCCUGUCCACAGCUCUGGACCUGGUGGACCUCAGUGAGCCGGGGGAGAGCAGCGGGGGCAGUGAUGGAGGAGGAGGAGGAGGGGUCUGUAACAAGGAGCCGAGGAGGAGUCCUCUGAGGAGGAAGGGCAGCUCCAAGAGCCCCCGACGACGCACCAAACCUGACGAGACGGAGCUGAUCCAGGUGGAGGUGGAACACCUGCCGGCCAGUCCCAGGACACCUGAGAGGAUCUCCCUGGACUCAGUCAGUCUGUCGUCUCCACUGGACAAAUGGGACAAUGUGAACCUGGACAUGGAGGACGGAGGACGCAGGAGGUACGAGAAGAGAUGCACCUCCCACCACUCCUCCAGCGAACUGCUGUGGUCUGCAGAGUUUAAAACUGACCCUCUGAAUAAGAACUCUUUCGACAUCCACAGCUUCGAUGACCUCGACUUCAUUUCCUCUUCACAGGACUGUGGGGCGUCCAGGCAGCGCAGACGGACUCGCUCCCUGCUGGCCAGAAAGGAGUCUCUGGAGGACGAGUUUGUCAGAGCCAAGGCAGCUGUAGAGUCGGACACUGAGUUCUGGGAUAAGAUGCAGGCGGAGUGGGAGGAGCUUGCUCGGAGGAACUGGCUGGAGGAGUCUGAUGGUCAGGGGCCGGCGCCGCCCUCCGUCUCACCUGUGGAGAAGAGUUAUUACUUCAACACCAACAACCCGUAUAAAGACUGGCCCAGCGCCUUCGCCGAGGGUCAGGAGAAGGCCCGGGAGGGAGACCUGAACGCCGCCGUGCUGCUACUAGAGGCCGCCAUCCUCCAGGACCCGCAGGACUCAGAGGCCUGGCAGGUUUUAGGGAUGACUCAGGCGGAGAACGAGAACGAACAGGCCGCCAUCGUGUCGUUGCAGAGGUGUCUGGAGCUCCGCCCCAACAACCUGCCGGCUCUCAUGGCGCUCGCCGUCAGCUUCACUAACGUCAGCAUGCAGCGGGAGGCCUGUGACGCUCUGCACCGCUGGAUCCGCCACAACCCCCGAUACAAACACCUGGUCCACGGCCACAGGAGUCCACUACAGGGCUCCCCGGCCACGCCACGCAGGGGCCCCCACCCCUCCACACCUGCCAGGUCCGGCCUGCAGGACGUGUUGCACCUGUUCCAGGACGCGGCUCUGUUGAAUGUGGACUGUGUGGAUCCAGACCUGCAGACCGGUCUGGGAGUUCUCUUUAACCUGAGCUCGGACUUUAACAAGGCGGUGGAAGCGUUCACCGCAGCGCUGUCCGUCAGACCGCAGGAUUACCUGCUGUGGAAUCGUCUGGGCGCCACAUUGGCAAACGGCGACCGCAGUGAGGAGGCGGUGGAGGCGUACACCCGAGCUCUAGAGCUGCAGCCCGGAUUCAUCCGGUCCAGAUACAACCUGGGGAUCAGCUGCAUAAACCUGGGAGCACACAGGGAGGCGGUCAGUAACUUCCUGACGGCUCUGAACCAGCAGAGGCGGAGUCAACGCUGCAGCCAGCAACAGAUGUCGGCUAACAUCUGGGCCGCCCUGCGAAUCGCCGUCUCCAUGAUGGACCGACCCGAGCUGUUCCAGGCGGCCAGCGUGGGGGACCUGGACCUGCUGAUGAGGGUGUUUGACGUGGGUGACGUGUGACGGAGGGACUGACGGGUUCAGGUCGCACCAGAGACUGAGGCAUUUGGUUUGAAACCAAAGAGCUGGACCACCCUUUGCAGUAUAACAGCACAACCCUUUAGCUUCCUGUCCGAGCGGCGAUCAGAGAGACGUGAUGACUUGACAGUUCUACAGGUCCUUAACGAGUCCUUAGGGAGUCUUUAACGAGUCUUUAACGAGUCCUUAGGGAGUCCUUAGGGAGUCCUUAACGAGUCCUUAACGAGUCCUUAGGGAGUUCUUAGGGAGUCCUUAACGAGUCCUUAGGGAGUUCUUAGGGAGUUCUUAGGGAGUCUUUAACGAGUCC